GUGCCUGUGUUACCAACGCCGCUUGCAAGCUUGAAAUCGCUGGAGCAAAGCAAGCCGGAGGAGGAAACCGCCAGCGUUUACAUAGAGAAAAAUAGAAUUCACUGAACGCAAGGAGAGCGAGAGCAAGAGAGACGGUCAGAGAAAACAAGGAAUAGCAAAAUAAAAUCAUUCAACUGGAUCAUAUCGAUUGCAUAUCCAUUCCCCUACAUUAGCUUUUCCCAAGAAUGGCAAGCGGGCAUCCCACUGACAAAUUCAGUUUCUUGUACCAACCCGAAAGCUGUCAAAACUUGAAGAGCAAGGGUAGACUGUCUUCCACCAUGAACCCGGUUUAUAGUCCCGUUCAGCCCGGGACUCCCUAUGGAAACCCCAAGAACAUGGCGUACACAGGCUAUCCUGGAGGUUAUCCCACCACAGCUCCCACCUACACACCCAACCUCUACCAGACCGGAAGCCCAGGCUACCCCCCAGUGCUGCUGGUGAAGCAGGGCUGGGCACAGACCUCCACCACAGGGCCCACUGAGGGUUCCUAUGACCUGGCAGUGGACGCGGGCUCAGAGAGCAGAUCUUACCAGGCCUCGUCUGCAGCAUUCAGAUACACCGCUGGAACCCCCUACAAGGUACCCCCCACCCAGACCAACGGAGCCCCCCCACCCUAUUCCCCAUCCCCUAACCCCUACCAGACGGCCAUGUAUCCAAUCAGAAGUGCCUACCCCCAGCAGAACCUCUAUCCUCAGGGUGCUUACUACACACAGCCUGUGUAUGCGGCUCAGCCUCACGUGAUUCACCACACCACGGUGGUCCAGCCCAACAGCAUCCCCUCUGCCAUCUACCCCGCCCCCGUCCCCGCCCCUCGCUCCAAUGGCAUGGCAAUGGGCAUGGUGGCAGGGACCACUAUGGCCAUGUCAGCAGGAACCCUGCUUACCACACCCCAGCACACUCCCAUUGGAGCUCAUCCUGUUACCGUGCCAACAUACAGGCCUCAAGGGACGCCUGGGUACAGCUAUGUGCCUCCUCACUGGUAAACCAUCAGCCAAUUCAUAUCUGGAGUCAAAACAUUGUAUGCAACUACUCAAGUCUUACAUGGGUGCACUGUCUUCAGCAUUGGAGCACCGUGUCUGUUUGCAAGAACAAAAAAAAAAAGUGCAAAGGUCACUUUAUGCAUUCUUUAGUGUUUUUGUAAAAGCUGCUUUAUAAUUUUUUUUUUUUUUUUGCGCCUCUCUGUUGUAUUAUUUGUUUUUUUUUUCCAUAAUUUCCUUCACAGAAACUCCAGACUGGCACAGACCGAACACAGUAGUUGAGGAUUUUUUUUUUUCUUUCGUGUUUACGCUGGUCACAUCUCCGGGCUGAUACCAGUGAUAGGAAUGUGCAGAAUGCAUCUUUGUUGUCAUCAUCAUCGCCAUCAUCAUCAUCUUAUGCUGCCAAAUUUUCUAAGGAUUAGAUGUUAGCACAGGGUCUUUUUUAUGUUCAUUUCCCAGUUCCUCCUGGGAAGGGCUGAUGGGAGAUUUAUUGUUUCCUUCCUUUCAAAUUUCCUUUGGCUUUGAUUUCAUCUUCCAGUACUGAGAACAAGGGUCGUCUUCCAGCUUGUAGCAAAUAUUAGGUAGACGUGUUAUAAAUAUAGCCACUGUAUGACCAUGUAAGAGCGGUAAUCCCUUCACUAGGAAAAAAAAAAAAUUCAGUAAUCUUAGUUAUACACUACGUAGAAGACAUUUAAGUAAGUCGGUGAUUUAAUUAGCUCGUAUGUCAGGAUAUAGUAAGCAAUUUUUUUGCAUAUAUAUAAAUAUAUAUUUUAUAAUUAUGUGCGUGUGUGUUUUCACGCAUAUAUAUGUGCGCACACAUAUGCACUCAUACACACACACUCUCAAGCAUAUAGACUGCAUAGAGUGUGUUGUAUUGCACGUUGACCAGGAUUUAGCUGCAUCACUUAGCUGGGAAUUCAGGCUCUGGUGUGAAUGGAGUCUUAGUCAUGUGCCAACACAUGGAGGGGAGGGGUUAGAGGCAGGAUUAGACUUAUUCAGGAACAUGUCAAGGAUUUAAAGGGAUUUAUAAUCAGUGAUAUAUGCUUCAGACAAACAUAGCAUAAAAGAAAAUUUCAGGAUCUUAGAACGGAAGUUUAAUUUUGGGGAGGGGAACUGGGGGAGGACAGGUAAUGGAGGAGUAAAGAAGAGAUUAUGUCAUCCUGACCCUGUCAUAGCCCCACCUACAACCCACACUGACAUAGGUGUAGAGGGGAAUCAUAUACAUGUACGCACUACAUUUUUAAUUAAUGAAAGAAAUAAAUGAUUCUGACUUGUACAGAUACAAAUGACCUGUGUAUAUCUAAUGACUCUCAAGCCACUAAAUUACAAUGGAGAUUGAAUUCUGAAUUAAGACCACCUUAUUGCUCCACAACUCACGCUAGGCAUGGGUGAAUAGUAUUAGUUAUUCCAAAGUUAGCCUGAGGAUGGCAGUAGUAGGCACUGAGGGAAUGACAGUGGUGAAAGGGAUGUGGAAUGUGUAAAUGCAGAGGAAGGGAGGACGGGUCACACGGUCUCUUUGCCUCUUGGAGAAGGGUACCAGAUUGCCAAAGUUCUGGACUCUGAUAAUCAGUACUGAGUUCAGAACUUACAUAAUGGAGUAAGGUAAAAGGAAAGGUUUGUUUUUUUAUUGAGGGGUGGUUUCACCUUUGCAUUGGAGUUUCUUUGGUGAGAGAAUCUGCUGUUUAGCCCUGUUUUGGCUGAAGGAAUAGUAGUUUUCUUUCAUCCAUAGUGACAGGGCUUUGUUGUGGUUCCCUGAUUGGCCCCAUGACUGUUGGUAGAGAGAUGCAAAGGAGGCUGGGAAUGACACAGUGGUAGUUGUUAGGAAGGAGAGGAGAAAAGGUGAAAGAAGAAGGAGGAAAUGUUUUAUUUGGAUUUUACUUAAGUAAGAAAAUUGAAAACACAUUUAAAUCUUCCCAACAUGGCUUUCCCUGUCCAAUCUGGUGCGUUACCUCUAAUCAGGACCUGUAGAAACACUGUCUCCCACAGCACACACACAGUCAACCAGAAUGUUUUCUCUUGAAAAGCCUUUACAGUUUUUAAGCCAGCUAAGGUUAUGAUUUUGUCUGUGUCCUCUCCAGUUCAUGAGUUAAAGGUCAAAGAGCAUACAGGUCAGAACUAUCUAGAAUCAGCUGAAGUGGACGUUUCACACGGCCUUCAUGUUGCUCUGCACUCUAAACACACAGAGGUCAUGUGACCACAUAUCAGCAUUCUAUUGAAACGAGCGUGCUGAGAAGUAUUGCACAAACAUCUACGAAUAAUAAUCUAUGCUAAUAAGCAGGUACUUCACAAUAGGCUCAGUAAAGAGGAGUCCCUUUUCAAUACUUGUUCAGUACGGUACCCUGUAGUCUAUGAUCACUUCAAAGUGAAUUCUUAGGAACAUUUCCUUUUUUGCAUUAAUAUUAGUUAAGCACUGAUUAAAUUGGAAACUCAAAAAGAUAUUUAUUUGGCAAAGUAUUGCCCAAAAUCACUAGAGCAUACAAAAAAAUAACACGUUCAUAUGUUUGAUAGCAUGUAUGAUAUACCUGAAUGCGUUAUAUAUGCAUCGAGCAGAAUGAAUGAAUUCUCUCAGAGCAUGGUUUCAUCGAAGGGAGCUGCAGGUGGAUUUACAGCUUUGGGUUGUGCACUGAAGCCCAGAUUCCUCUGAAUGACCACAUCCCCUGCAUCCCAGAUGUUUAACGUAAGAGCAGCUGUGCAGUGGCAAAGGUUUGACGCAGCAGCGCCCUGCUGUCCGAAUGAGAAACGGGCAGUCUUGGCCUUCUUUCCACUUUCCUUCAGACACACCAUCAAAGUCACCUGCUUUCGUUCAUUCUUUCAAAAAAAAAA